AUGUCCGACUUUAAGCAUCAGCGACGGCGGACGAACAGCAAUGCGCUGUCACUGAGGAGCGCAGGGUCGGCUGGUGGUGGCGGCGGACACGCCCGUGGCAUCUCACGCGCCGUCAUUCAGCCAAGAUCAACACACACCUCUGAUGAAUUCCUCAAACCUUUCCUCCAAUCUUCAUUCGACCCUGCGACCUUUAUCAAUGGCAACCUCCCGCCUGUGCAGCAGCGUAGCGCCGAAGGCGCAGCCACAGGGGGCACGGCGGACCUGUCAUCGCAAGCGCAGGCGCUCAUUACCCAGCUCAACACUCACACCACACGCCUAUCCAACACACUCACAACGCUCACCGACGACAUUCUACGCAGCGGGAACCGUCUGGCCUAUGAGGUGGAAUUACUUCGGGGCGAGACGGUGGGACUCAACGAGACGUUGCAUGAAACUCUCGCGGACGAUGUGAGGAAGUUCGUGCCAGAAGGUCUGCCGACAGAGCCGGCCGUCACGAGGAUAAACGAAGAGCAAGAGGAGGCGGAGGAGCCCACGACGACGUCGACGGAGCCCGAGUUUGUGAAGCAGCUGCAGACCCUGACCCUGGUGCGCGCACGGCUAGACUCUGUGAUCAAGACGUUUGGUGACUCUAUGGAAUUCGUAUUCCCGCCCUCGGAGCUCUCCGUCUCAUCCUCCUUCCUGUCCGUGUCCGCGCCCGAGCCUGGCUCAGAGCAGCAAUCGUCCGAGGAAAAGGGACAGCAGGUGCUCACCAAGCUUCGCGGGGAGAUUGCGGAUCUCCUCGACACGCCGGCUGAUCCCGUGGAGGGCAUCGCACAGGCGGCGCAGCGGGUGGAGGAGCUCAAGGAGCUGACGACGGUGUGGCGUGGCACGCGCGAGGAGAAGGGACGGAUGCGGUUCAUUGAGAGCCUGGCUAAGAUGGUGGAGGACAAGCACCGGGAGCUGAUGCGGGAGAUGGAGCUGGCCGCCAAGAAGAACGAGGCGGCGGCGGCGACUGCGACUGGUAGGACCAGGAAGAGCAGCGUGACGAGGGAUGCGGCCGUGGAGGAGGCCAAGGUUGUGCCUGGCGGGUUUGGGCUGUUGAACCAGUUGCAGCGGUUGAGGAGUGGUCUGUGA